AUGUCGCUCUAUAUGCCAAAUCCAGUUUCCAAAUUCCACAACACCUGGCGCGCAUCUCCAACACCAACCGGACAAGGCUCGACGUCGACCACAAUAUCUCACAGCCGGACUGCUAAGGCCUUUAACGAGGACAGAGCCCGCUUCGAGGGAGAUAUUGGUUGCUUCAUCACUGGAUUUUCUUGUCUUUCUCUUGAACCAGUCCACAUAGUGACUGAGAUUCAUGAUGAAAGUGAUAACAAACGAGUGAGCGACGUGUUCCAUUUUUUGACGAAUGUACUGGCUAUCGUGCGCCGAACUAGAGACUUUACGCUGGAUAGCUUAGAGAAUAUGAUUCUUUUGUAUCCACCGUUUCACCGACACCUGGAAUCAUAUACCACGUACGCCAUUACACUAAGCAAGGAGUCGCUGCAAGAGGUGAUCGAAAUUUUGAGGGAGGCGAACCUGAAGUGGGACAAAAUGGUGGCGCUCCCAGCCCCGAGCAGUCCUCGGUUUAUUCCUUGGUCCAACCGCGCCCUGAUCCAUACGAAGUUCGACCUCAUCCUUCUCCAUCCUGCGCUCUUCCUCCCGCGAGGUCAGCAUCUCGUCGCGCUCAAAACGCUUGAACCGCCAACCUACGCCGACUGGGCCGUCAUCGACCGCGAACUCCGCGAAAGAGGCUCCCCGUCCGACUCAGCGCCAUACCCUCCCUUUUCCUACACUUCCCGAAAAGACACCGUACUUAACUACGUGAACCCGUUCCUUCUCAUUCUCAACGCGGGUCUGAAGCUUCGGCAUCACGAGAAGGACUAUGGUUUUGCUACUUUGACGGACCGCCAGCUCGAGCUCGCGCAGCUAACCCUCGAGGCCUACGACUUAAUUUAUUACCGCCCGCCCAAUUCCACGGUCGAACUCCCCCCGACAGCUGUUCCAAGCGUCCCUAUCCUCCCCCGUCAGACAGGCGUAUCUUCACAGGUACCAUGCACAUCGUCAAGUGCGAAUGAAGAUGGCAGCGCGACGCCUGGUAGUAUGUCUGGGAGUGAUCAGAUGGCGAUGGACGUCAUGCAUUCUGACGAUGACGAGAGAAGUGACAGUGGAUCGGAGAGUAACAGUGACCUGCUCACUCGGGAUGAAAGUUCCAUGAUCUUGGCGAGGCUCGAAGACCCGAGUACUACACUGGAAGAAAGUAAGGACCUCGUAGAGCUAUUACUUGAUGGUGCACGACCCCACCGUCCUUUUCCUGUGGUCCCCGGAAUUGAGUUGCCCGAGGAGCCUAGUCUGUUUGGUCGUAGAGGGCAAUGA